AUCCUCAUCCUCAUCCUCCUCCUCGUCCUCCUCAUCUCCAUCUCCAUCCUCCUUCGCCGACGCUGUCGAGUCCCACCUCCGCAGCACCGGCGUCGUGACCCCACAGUGGCGCUACACAAUGUAUUCGACGACGCACUUCCACUCGACCACGCACGAGGUCCUGGUCAUCACCCGCGGCACUGCGAGGCUCCGCUUCGGCGGGGAGGACAACCCCGGGGGACACACGGCCGACGUCGCGACGGGCGAUGUCCUCGUCGUCCCCGCGGGCGUCGGGCACCGACUGCUCGAAGACACUUCUUCUUCUUCUUCUUCUUCGCCGUCUUCGUCAACAAAAUCAUCAUUAUUACCAGGUCCAUUCGAGAUGGUGGGCAGCUAUCCCCCCGGAUGCAGCUGGGACAUGUGCUACGGCAACGAAGGGGAGGACGGGGCCAAGCUCGAAAGCAACAUCGAGCAGCUGGAGUGGUUCGCCCAGGAUCCCAUCUACGGCCACCAGGGCCCGGCCAUUGAUAGUCAUUAUUAGCACAGAGCGCGCGCCGCGCGUGUUUUUCUAGGGUGCAUGCAUGUAUUCCUCCGUUGUUCCCGAGUUCUCCC